CUUUCAAAAACGCGCGGGCCUACCUCCUCUGACGCUUCUUGAGGCUUGAGAUAGAGAGAAAGAGCCUUCUUCUUCCCCCUCUCACUGUGAUUCAUAGAGAUUAGAGAGAAGACUUUCUCUUCGUUAUCUCACAAUUCGAGAGAGAGAGAGAGAGAGAGAGAGAGAGAGAGAGAGAGAGGAUGACAGAGUUGGAGUUGAAAGUGAAACAACUCCUUGAAGAGGUUGCAGUCGACUACUCGACCACUGGCCCUCUCGAAGAUGCAAUAGCGGCAAUUACGCAAUCUCUCCGCUCUAUCUCCUCCGAAGAGAAGGUUGGCUUUGAAACAGCUCCAAAAUUCAUUGAAGACCUUGGAGUCCAGGCCAAUAAAGUCAAGUUCACAUUCCGGAAGCCAGAGUUUAUCGUCAUAGGAGGCAGCUAUUCAUUCAAAGCAGUCGCGAGGCCAUAUUUGAAUGUUGAUAUCCUAAUCCGCAUGCCCAAGACGUGCUUUCAUGAGAAGGAUUACUUGAACCAUCGUUACCAUGCCAAAAGAUGCCUUUACCUCUGCAUAAUAAAGAAGCAUCUUGAAUUGUGUCCCACUGUUCGGAAGAUCGAAUGGUCAGCCUUUCGAAAUGAGGCUCGGAAACCUAUCUUGAUUGUUCACCCAGAUGUGGAGUGUGGUGUGGUAUCCGAGUUUGGCAUAAGAAUCAUCCCCACUGCUCCCUCCUUGUUUGAUACUUCACACCUAUCCUUCAAUCGGAACAAUGUUCGUGCAUUUACCACAGAUGGCCUUCCUCAAGCUACUCCAAAUUAUAAUUGCAGCAUCUUGGAAGAUAUGUUCUUGGAAGAGGAUAUGUCAUUUAUCAAGCAGAUAUUCAUGGAAUGGAAAGAUUUAAGGGAAGGAUUACUUCUGUUAAAAGUUUGGGCAAGGAAUAGAAGUUCUAUAUAUAUCCAUGAUUGCUUGAAUGGAUUUAUUAUCUCUGCUAUACUGUCAUAUCUUACAACGGAGUCUGGAGGGAAGCGCAUCAAUCAUUCAAUGACACCAAUCCAGAUUUUUCGUGUAACUUUGGAUUUCAUUGCUAGUUCUAAAGUAUGGGACAAGGGCCUUCACCUUCACCCUUCGUCAUGGAAGAAUAUGUCAGAAGAGGAACGGAAACAUCUGCCCUUUGCAGUUUUCUUUGGGGAUUCAUCUGGUUACCACAACUUGGCAUUUCAGUUUACUAGGAGUGCUUUCUUAGAGCUUAGAGAUGAGGCAGCAUGGACACUUGGUUACAUGGAUAAGUACAGGGAUUCUGGAUUCGAGGACGUUUUCCUAACUAAAAUUGACUUCACUACUAAGUUUGACUAUUGCAUGAGGAUAACUUGUAAAAGGAACUGUGGCAGAGUAUGUACAUCUGGCCUUUUUCUGGAUAAGGAAUGCUGGAGAGUGUAUGAAGAGAAGGUUCAAUCUCUUCUUGCUGAAGGACUGACUGAUAGGGCAAAUGUAGUUCGUGUAACAUGGGGGAAUACACCUUCUGAUUGGUUGAUCGAAGAUGGAUUUUCAAAGUUUGGUGACAAUCCCCUUCUAGUUGGUAUUCGGGUUAGUUCAUUGGAGAAAGCGUUUCGAAUGGUUGAUGUGGGUCCAAGUGCAGACAACAAGGAAGAGGCUGUCAAAUUCCGGAAGUUUUGGGGACAAAAAGCAGAGCUCCGACGUUUUAAAGAUGGGCGUAUUUCGGAAAGCACCGUAUGGGAAUGCCGACAAUGGGAGAAACAUCUUAUCAUAAAGAGGAUAUGUGAGUAUGUAUUUUCACUGCAUCUUUCCCUAUCCAAGGAUGAUAUGAUCAUUGCUGCAGAUCAACUUGAUUUCUCCCUUUUGCAUAGUGGAAGAGAUCCCGUUUCAUUUACUGGAGAUAUGAUAUCUGCAUUUGAUUCUCUAUCGAAGCGCUUACGCAGUUUGGAGGAUCUUCCUCUGCAUGUGUCUAGUGUGCAGCCCUUAGAUUCAGCAUUUAGGCAAACAUCCGUCUUCCCACCUGAACCUCAUUACCUAGCUAAAGAGAAAAACUCCAGUGGAAAAUCACAUAAGUUUGUUCCUAGUUGUAUCCAACCAUUGGAAGUAAUGAUCCAAUUGGAAGGAUCAGGAAAUUGGCCAAUGGCAUACAUGGCUGUGGAGAAGACAAAAUGUGCUUUCCUUCUUAAGAUUGCAGAAAGCUUGCAGAAACGAUGGGGUAUGAUGUGUGUGGCAAGCAAGGAUGAAGUGAAUGUACUCAUGGCAGGAUAUGCAUUUUCCCUUAGAAUCUUGCAUGAGAGGGAUCCAAGUUUGCUAAAAAAACCUAUUGGAAAUGUUCAAACGAAAGACAUUUCACCAGUUAAGAAGGACCUUCUCCUAUGCAGUCGACAUUCUAGCAUGCUUAACGGUUUUCAGGGUCUUUAUCCUAUGUUUGGGCCAGUUGUACGGCUCGCAAAACGAUGGGUUUCUUCACAUCUAUUUUCUGCAAAUUUAGUGGAUGAGGCAAUCGAGUUAUUGGUAGCAUACUUAUUUUUGAAGCCUUUCCCAUUUCACGCUCCAUGCUCUCGGGUCACUGGGUUUCUGCGGUUUUUGCGGUUAUUAUCUGAGUAUGAUUGGGAUCUUUCUCCUUUGAUUGUUGACAUAAAUGGUGAACUAAUUUUGAAGGAUAUUAGAGAGAUCAAUAAUAACUUCAUCCAAAGUAGAAAGCCCUGUGAAGAAAAUGGGCAAACUCGGGAUCAAGCCAUGUUCUUGGCUACGUCCUAUGAUAGAGCAUCGGAAAGUUGGACCAAGCUUUCCCCAACCACACAGGACUUACGAAGAAUUGCAUCUUAUGCAAGGAGCAGUGUGAACUUAUUGUCAGGCCUCAUUGAACAGGGUGGUACUGGUGCUCGCACAUGGGAGUCCUUAUUUCGAACUCCUUUGAAAAACUAUGAUGCUGUAAUUUUGCUUCAUGGAGAUCGAUUGCCUUACCCUCAACGCGUUCUUUUCCUGGCAGAGUUGAAAGAAGGGAGGCUUGUUAUUCGUGGGAGGCCUAGCAAGAAUUUCCAACCCUACAUUUCACAAGAAGACCUGAAAGGGAGUUUUCAAGAAGCUCGGAGAAAAUUAAUGGUCAAUUUUGACCCGACCUGGUGUUUUCUAGAGGACAUAAAAAGAGAAUUCCCAGAUGACUUUAAGGUGUGGUAUGAUUCUCUUGGGGGAAAUCUUAUUGGUUUGACAUUGGAGAAGCUAGGCCCAAAGAAAAGGAAGCGAGAAGGUGGUGAUGAAGAGGGUAGGAUGGUUGACAAGCUAAGGUGCAUAGGUGAGGUUGGGAAGGGGUUUGUUAAGAGCGUUCAUGUUCUUAAAAUCCCAAGGUCCUAACCAGUAAUGGGACAAUAUGCAUUCAUACGAGUCAUUGAUGCAUUCUUAAAAUUUGGCCUAAUUUAUGUUAUCAGGGAUCCACGUAUCAUGGAAGUUUUGGUGAUGGAUUCUUAAAAUUUGGCCUAAUUUAUGUUAUCAGGGAUCCAUGUCUCAUAGAAGUUUUGAUUCCCAUCCUUUAAGGGAUCCCAGAGAUGUGUAAUAUUUUUACCUACGUUACCUAUGGGAACGGAUAGAAUUUGAGUUUUCCUUCA